AUGCGGCGACAAGCGAAGUUAGAGCGGAUUCAGUCGGGUUUAGCAAAGGAUCCAGGCUCCACUUUACCAGCUUAUGCAUGCAAGUCAGAAGCAAAUGGCGUUUUUUUUGGAGGGGGGUCGGAUGGGGGCUUGGGGGGGCGCUUGCAUGGACAGGGAUACUCGGCUUGA